AUAAAUAAAUAAAUAAAUAAAUAAUAAAAGAGUAGCUAGAAGAGCAGAAGCGAGUGGGAACGGAGGUGUAAAUACAAAGCGCGCGCUCUCUCUCUCUUUCUCUGUCUCUUUCUAUCUCUGUCUCUCUCUGUCUGUUUCUGUGCCGUUUUUUUUGUUUUUUUUUGGUAAUGAAAUGAACGACUGAACAGGGCAUCACAUACAGAGUGGACGCGCCUUCGCGCCGGGAACGAGCUUGUUGUUUUUUUUCCCCCCUCAUAUCCAACUCAAUUCCGUUUUACAUGUUCAUACGCGCGUGUCAGUAUUUGCCCGCGACUGCAACUGUAGCUCGGGAGCUGCGCGUGCCACCGCGAGACUGUCUCACCACGCACUUCGGAGGACCCGCCGCUGACUUGCCGCCGCUGAUCCACGGCUCGCCGUCGACGAUGACAACUUUAGCGAACGGGCAGGCGGACGGCGCGGCGCACGUAGCGGUGGCCGCCGCCGCCGCCGCGAACGGGCUCGUGAACGGAAUAAGCCACGGUCACGGCGCGCCGGGCUGCGCCACCAUCCCCAUGAAGGACCACGACGCCAUCAAGCUGUUCGUCGGCCAGAUCCCGCGCAACCUGGACGAGAAGGACCUGCGGCCGCUCUUCGAGGAGUUCGGCAAGAUCUACGAGCUCACCGUGCUGAAGGACCGAUUCACGGGCAUGCACAAAGGCUGUGCCUUUCUCACAUACUGUGCCAGAGAGUCAGCGCUGAAAGCCCAGACGGCCCUGCAUGAGCAGAAGACAUUGCCAGGGAUGAACAGGCCGAUCCAGGUGAAACCUGCCGACAGCGAGAGCAGAGGAGAAGACAGAAAGCUGUUUGUGGGCAUGCUGAACAAGCAGCAGUGCGAGGAUGACGUUCGGCGCCUGUUUGAGGCCUUCGGCAGCAUUGAGGAGUGCACCAUCCUCCGAGGCCCUGAUGGAAACAGCAAAGGCUGUGCGUUUGUGAAGUACUCCUCUCAUGCUGAAGCUCAGGCGGCCAUCAGCGCGCUACACGGCAGCCAAACCAUGCCUGGUGCCUCUUCCAGUCUGGUUGUGAAGUUUGCAGACACUGAUAAAGAACGCACCAUUCGGCGCAUGCAGCAGAUGGCUGGUCAGAUGGGCAUCUUCAAUCCUAUGGCCCUGCAGUUUGGAGCGUAUGGAGCAUACGCACAGGUGCAGCAGCAGGCGGCGCUGAUGGCGUCUGUAGGCCAGGGAGCGUAUCUCAGUCCUAUGGCUGCUUUCGCAGCAGCUCAGAUGCAGCACAUGGCCACCAUCAACGGCCUCCCAGGAGCUCCCAUGACCCCCACGUCAGGAGGGAGCACGCCCCCUGGCAUUACCGCUCCCACGGUGACCAGCAUCCCCUCUCCAAUCACCGUCAACGGUUUUACAGGACUGCCCCCUCCUCAGGCGAACGGCCAGCCCCCUGCCGAGGCCGUGUUCACCAACGGGAUCCACCCGUAUCCAGUGUUGCAGGAGGUGGUUUUUAGGGAAGACUCGGAGAAGGGCGGCUUGGGCGUCGCUCAGCGGAGUUGUUUUGGGGUACAGGGAAGCUGUUUCCUCUCCUCUCUGUCUGAAGCCCAGAGUCCCACAGCAGCUGAUCCUCUUCAGCAGGCGUAUGCGGGAGUCCAGCAAUAUGCAGCAGCCUACCCAGCUGCAUACGGACAGAUCAGCCAGGCCUUUCCUCAGCCUCCUCCUAUAAUCCCCCAGCAGCAGAGAGAAGGGCCGGAAGGCUGUAACCUGUUCAUCUACCACCUCCCUCAGGAGUUUGGGGAUGGCGAGCUGAUGCAGAUGUUCCUGCCUUUCGGUAAUGUCAUCUCCUCCAAAGUGUUUGUGGAUCGGGCGACAAACCAAAGUAAAUGCUUUGGCUUUGUGAGCUUCGAUAACCCCGCCAGUGCGCAGGCUGCCAUCCAGUCCAUGAAUGGCUUCCAGAUCGGCAUGAAGAGACUCAAAGUGCAGCUCAAAAGGCCAAAGGACGCCAACCGCCCUUAUUAGCCCCGCCCCCUGAUGUCCCUCACCCUGGAGGUGAAGGCCACAGUAGCACUGGGGGAACAACAGGUUUUGGGAUCACAUGGCGAUAACAUGACUAACACACAAACGAAACACAAAAAGGACAAGCUCGACGUGGCUGGGGGUGUGGACGUAAGACUGAGGGGUGUGUUGGACAUGCGGUGAUGGCACAGCGCACGACACAUCAUCACCGCGAAAGCUCAGUGGACCUUUAGGAGCUCGGUGGAAACUCAGGAGAGCCGCCGUGUUCCACAACCACAUCGGACUCCCUUUCUGAGUCUCCACAGCCUGCCUGAUAGGAACCCUGCUCAUUUAGAACCACAGAAUAUAUCAACUAAUGAAAAAGAAGAUGAGACUCUACGAACGAGGGGAAAAAAAAAACAGAAACACUUUUGAAAAAAACACUUUUGGGGAUGGGGAAUUGUGUUGUAAUAAGGGACUAGGAAACUUUUUUUCUUUUUUAAAAAACAAAAACAAAAAAGCAAACAUUUUAGAAAAGAAUUUGGAGAAAAAAAAUAACUUUUUGGAAGGAUGUGACGCUUCAGGAAACACGCUUGGUGUGGUUGUGGAUGGCCAUCUUUAUCUCGGAGUGCCUGUCCGUUUCCAGAGGCGAGAGCUGCCACGAAGAACUGCGGCCGCACUCCUCUGGGAGACUUAAUCCGUCAUUCCUUAGUUGCGUAGGGACCAAAAAGACCAAACCUUUUUAUCGAUUCAAAAAAAAAAGAAAGAAAGAAAAGAAAGACUCUGUAGCUGUAACAUACUCAGACCACUGCAUCUCCUUUGCUGUGCCAAUCGGUUUAAGAGUUGUAUUUACGAGACAAAAAAAACAUAAAAAAAAACAACAACAACAACAACAGAUGUAUACGUAGAAUAUAUAAGAUUAUAUGUAUAAAUGCAUACAUAUAGAUUGCUGAUAAUGCUUUUCAAUACCGGCAAAAAUCGAACGAGACGCCCUGAGGAGGCUGCUCACUUCGCUAGUUUACAACUGGGAAAAAAAAAAUAUAUAUAUCUAUUUUUUUUUCUCUUCUCAUUUGGGAUGAAGGGUACACGGGAAGGGUUGUUCCAUAUCGCAGCCUUACCUUUUUUAAUCUCAGCAUCCUGAACUUGUAGUUUAAAAAAGAAAAAGAAAAAAAAAAAGAAAAAAAAUCACAGGUUUGAGAUAUAACAAACCCGUUUCUAUUUAGCGUACAUUUAAUAUGUAUAUGUAUUGCAGAACAUGAAAAAGAAAGCUGUAUUCAUAUAUAUAUGCACACCUCCAGCGUAUAUAUGGAUACAUAUGAUAUUACCCCCCCUAAAACCUAUAUGUAUUUAUAUGCAUAUAUUUUAUAUGUGUGUACAUAUAUAUAGAACCAGCUAAUAUGUAGAUUUUUCUUUUUUUUUUUUUUUUUUUUGUAGAUUGAAGCUGGAAUUUGAUCCACAGCUCGGCUUGGAAUUUAGCUAACGGGAAGGGACUCGUAUCUGGCAGCUCUCGAACUGCAGGCAUUCCUUUCUGAUAACCUUGUAUGCCAACACAAACACACACACACACACACACACACACACAUAUGCGUAUGAGACAGAGUGUGUGCUUAGAGAUAGAUGUAUAUAUGUGUAUAUGCUACUGAAAAAUGCAAAAAGGCCUCCUCUGUUCAGAGAGAGAGUUUCAAAAGAAUCAGGCUUCAAGAGAUUCAGGAUCAUUUCCGCAGGAACUAGGACGGGACGUCGCGUUAUCUUAGACAUAUCUGCCUCUCGGCCCUCUUGUGAACCUUUUGCAAAUACACACACACACAAAGACAGACACACAGUAUAUUGCAGUAUUGCGCCAGCUUUAAUUUGAACCGUGACACUUCGGAACUCAGCGGUCAGUGCAUGUAGCGUCGGGUUGCCAGCAGAUAAGGGUGCACGAGGUCACCUGGUUGCCUCUCACAUUAGCACUGUGCUCCGAACACUGCUAGCCGCCAUUUAAGAUGAUGAUAAAGAUGUCAAACUCACCAGAGGCACUGCUGUUUUUUGCAACCUUCAGCUUCUUACUUCCGCCUGGAAAGCCGAUCUGUUGCAAUGCAAAGUAGAAAACUUUUUUGCUUAGGGUUCCGAUUACGCGGGCAUUAAGUACAUAUUUUACAAACCUAAAAAAACUUUUAAAAAACAUUCGCAUCUCCAUCCAUAGCGUGUUUACAAGGGUCGUUCGAGGAGCUGAGGUUCU